ACUGUUCUAUCUUCACUCUCUACAAAUUCAAUCUCUUUCUUUCAUAAUCUCGAUCUAAUCAUACAACAAUGGCGAGAACUAUGUUGAUGAUUGCUCUCUGUUUGCUCCCGGCGAUUGUAACCGCCACCAGGCCUAUGGUGGAACCGCUCUCUUUGGAAGGCCGAGUGUAUUGUGAUACUUGCCGUGCCGGAUUCGAGACUUCCGCUACUACUUACAUUUCCGGUGCUAAAGUUAGAAUUGAAUGCAGAGACAAGAUAAGUCAGAAGGUUGUUUACAGUGUAGAGACAACAACUGACGAAACAGGAACAUACAGAGUGAACAUAAAAGAAGAUCACGAGGAUGGUGUUUGUGAUGCUUUAUUGGUAAGCAGUUCCCACAGAGGGUGUACUACAGCUGACCCAGGGCGUGAUCGAGCACGAGUGAUCCUUACCCGAUACAAUGGGAUUGCCUCAAGCAAGAGGUAUGCCAACAAUAUGGGAUUCAUGAUGAAUGAGCCUAUGUCGGGAUGCACCCAACUUCUCCAGCAAUACCAGGAAAUCGAUGAUUAAGCACUACCAAGUAGUAACCAACCAAACCAUAUAUCUUUAUUGGUUUUAUGAUGAUGGUCUUAUUCUCAUAUGGUUAUUUAUGUUGAGACAUUCUUAUUAUAUAUUGUUUAAGUUUUCAGCACUAGUAAAACUCUAUUAAAUUAAUGUAAUAUAAAAAAAAUCACUUUAUUUUCUAUCUAAUGCCAUCAGAAAGCUGUUCUGAUGUUUGGUAA